AAGGAGAUAGCCCGGAUGUAAUGGGAAAAGGGAAAGUUAUGGCUACCCAUACAAGAUUUCACAAAAGAACAUCUCCAAAAAUAGUUCAUAAAUCCUACAAGACUACAAAUGAAUCAACAACUUAUGCUUGAACCUUCUUUCACUUUAGCCUGCAAUUUACCUGAAUAUUUUUUGUGCCAAAAGAUAAAUUUGGUGAAAAAUUUUAUUAAUUCAGAUACAAAUAUUAAAAUAUUAACUUUUCGCUGAUUAUAGUUGAUUUCAGUAAAAUAUUUUUUAAAUAUUUUUAAACAAAGUAUUUGUUUACUAAGAAAGCGCAAAAAGAAGAAUGCCACUAAAAUUCAAAUAUCAUUUUGAAGAAGUAUAAACAAAACUUAAUGAAGUGGGAAAUAAUCUAAACACUCUUCUACAUGUGUCUUACAUAUUAAGAAUCAUAAACGUACAUUGAUGUAUAUAAAAAUCACACCUGUCUUCCAAGAAAUCAAUAAAUUUAUCAGUAUUUUGCUGAAAGAUUUAUUUUUCAUCGAUGCCACAGUUUUGACUUCUGACUAUCACUUUUCAUCUUAUUAUAUUAUUAACAGCAAAUAAGUCAACAGGCUUACAAAGAAUGAUCAAUGAAUGAUCAUUAAUAUCCUCUUUCAAAGAGUAACGAAAUUAAAAUUGUCUUCCACGUUUGAAAUGAUACAUUAUUCAACGUCUUCCAUUUACAAAUUGUAAUAGCAAACGAGAAAAAAAGUGUUUUUGAUCUAACACAAGUAACAACGUUAGGAAACUUUUUCCAUGGUUAUACUGAAAUUCAAGAAAAAUUUAAAACUUGGCGAUAAGAAAGCCAAAUGUUCAAAAAAGUAUCGCUCGUUUUACCGUUUGAUGCUAAUUAGUGGAGGUGUGUUAAUGUUUGUAUACAUACUUCUUGUACUUAAAUGGCAAUUAAAUAGAUAGUGAUAUAUUUCAAAUUCUUCCAAUAAAAUAUGUUUAAUAUUUUUGAUAAUAUAAACAUAAUAAAAAACUAGGAUUAUCAAUACAAGCGACAAGCAUCUAAUCAACCAAAAUGGCACACCACAUCUUUAGCGCGUGGCAAACCGUCCGAUCCUAUUUACCAGGAUCGUGUGGAGAUAAAACUGAACUAGAUCACUUUGCCAAACAUGGCCACAGCAAGGCAGAUACAGAAAUGUCAUCUUUCCGACAUACAGAUGAAUCUGAUGAACCGAAGCAUAGAAUUGCUGGAACAGAAGAUUAUGAUAACAUCGAUGGGGAAGUACACAUGGCUGGGGAGUUUGAGGGUGAAUUCGGCGGAAAAGGAUGCAAAAUCGAUGAAUGGCAAGCAGGCUGGAAUGUUACUAAUGCUAUACAGGGGAUGUUUAUUGUAUGCCUGCCCUAUUCCGUUCUUUAUGGAGGAUACUGGGCCAUCUUUUCUUUAGUCUUCGUUGCUUACAUAUGUUGCCAUACAGGUAAAAUUCUAGUUGCAUGCCUAUAUGAAUUAAACGAUAAAGGAGAAUUCGAAAGAGUUCGAGACAGUUAUGUAGACAUUGCAGUUACUUGCCUUGGCGAGAAAUAUGGAGGUAAAAUGGUUAAUAUAGCUCAAAUAAUUGAGUUGCUUAUGACAUGCAUUCUAUAUGUCGUACUCUGCGGAGAUUUGAUGAUUGGAUCAUUUCCUGAAGGUCCCAUUGACCAAAGAUCAUGGAUGAUGAUAUCCACUAUGUUUCUCUUACCGUGUGCAUUUUUGAAAAAGCUGACAGCCGUUUCUCAAUUAAGCUUUUGGUGCACCAUGGCACACGCUUUAAUUAAUGUAAUCAUUCUUGGAUUCUGUCUAAUUAAGGCUCCAGAAUGGCAAUGGUCUAAAGUAACGUUCUCCAUAGAUACAGCCAUGUUCCCCGUUACAAUUGGAAUUGUCGUUUUCAGCUAUACCUCACAGAUUUUCUUACCAAGCUUAGAAGGAAACAUGAAAGACCGAUCGAAAUUCCACUGCAUGUUAGAUUGGAGUCACAUUGCUGCUGCAGCCUUUAAAGGUGGUUUUGCUUGGUUGGCUUUUCUCACCUUUGGCGAAGAAACACAAGAAGUCAUUACUAAUAACCUUCCAACAAAAGGUUUCAAAAUACUUAUCAACGUGAUUUUAGUAGUAAAAGCUCUUCUGUCAUACCCACUUCCAUACUUUGCUGUUUCUAAUCUUCUAGAAGCAGCUCUGUUCCAAGGUCAACCAAAAACAAAAUUCCCAUCAUGCUUAGCUCAAGAUGGCGAGCUACGUAUAUGGGCGGUUGCUUUAAGAGUGUUUUUGGUAAUCUUUACUAUGCUGAUGGCCAUCACAAUACCACAUUUUGCUAUACUAAUGGGACUUAUCGGUAGUUUUACAGGCACAAUGUUGUCCUUUGUUUGGCCUUGCUACUUUCACAUGAAAUUGAAACGUAAUGAUAUGACCAGAUUUGACGUUGCUUGGGAAGCUUUCAUAAUAGCUCUCGGUGUCAUAUGUGGAGUCAAUGGUAUUUAUUCUUCAGCUAAAGCACUUGUUGCUGCUUAUCAUAUUCCUUUACCAUAUCCUAAUGUAAGACCAACUUGAAGUUAAUUGAUCAAAUUGAUUCCUUAGGUGUGUAUAGGUUUUAAUGAAUGUUUAGAAGACUUUAAAUAAGUUAUAUUUAUAAGAGCAGUUGACGAUCUUUUGAACAGAAAGCACAACUUCGGGGAUUCAUUUUUCGAUUAUGUUGACGGUUUAAUAAAAAAAUGAGCAAAAUUGAGUUCGCGAAUUCAGAACUAUAAAUUACAGCGAUGUUGUUUUGGAGUGGUGCUAUAAUUCUUCUAAUGCCAAGUGUGAUAUGUGUCUUCCAUUACAUUCUAGACUAUUCAACACUUCCUAUUUCACUGCAGAAACAAGUUCUUUCUAUCCAAGUUUAUAGUAAUAUGUUGUUCUACGAAAGUUUAUUUAGUUCAAAACAAUCAGUUGUUGCGUUGAAUUCAGUACUGAAACUGUUUCGAAAUUAUGAAACGCAAAUUAAGAACUGUAUUAAAAACUAACAAUGCCACAAUUAAAUUUUACUUGAAAGGAGAAAAGUUCAUAAUUCCAUUCGAAAAAAUUCCCGAGAAACCCCCAUUUAUUAUUUUAAAAAAAGCUGUUAGUCAAACAUUUGUUAAAAAUUUCGCUCUUUUUAAUGGGAAAAUGUAAAGUCUGGGAAGAUGUAAACAUAAGUCUGGGAAGAACAUUAGCUUCAAAAUAUGCAAUGAUUUAAAACUUAAAUUUGUUUUAGAAUUUUGAAAUUAUUUUGUUUUCUCAAUAAUUUUAAUUACUUGAAAGAUAAUAUUAAAAAGUAUAAAUUGAUGUGAUACUUUCAAAGCACACUCAUGAAUUCUCAUGAUUAAUAUUUCGAAAUUCGAAUCUUCUAUUAUAUUAUAAAAUAGAAUAUUGUAACUACAAUACUCACAGAUGAAAAAAUAACUGUCACGAUAAAGAUUAAUUUUGAAACUAUAUCCAUGUUCUUCCAAGUAUGAGGAAAAGUAAAAAUUAUGCCUCUGCUUAUAUAAGUGUUCAACUGUUCAGUCUAUUCUCCUAUUGUUAUUACUCAAGUGAUGAGAAAAAUUUUACAAAAAAAAACUGUGCCACUGGCUAGAAUAACUAUGCAAUUUACAAUAAUAAAUUAAAUUUUUAUAGCAAGUCUUCCGAUAUGUGCUGAUUGAAUUAUUAAUUAAUUAAUUAUAAAAUUAUGUUUUCAAACUUUGAAAAUAUUUCUAUGAGAUACAGAAUGUCGUAGUAAAGGAUCAUACUAUACACCACAGGUGAAUUUCUUAACUCUCAAAAUAAUCAUCCAAAUCUGUGAUUUGACAGUUUUCAAAUUGUAAUUGUCUUCCAGCUGAUUGUGUAAUUAUUGAAUUGUGUAAUCGUACAGUUUCCAAAUUUUCAAAAUCUUCCAAGUGAUCGAAAAGUGCGAUUUGAAAGUUUCUAAUUUUUGUAAUCCUUCCAACCAAUCAAAUUGUAUGAUUCUUCAGUUUCCAAAUUGUGAAAGUCUUCUAUAUGAUCGAAUUGUGUGAAUUGACAGUUUUCAAAUUGUUAAAGUCUUCCAACUAUUCGAAUCGUAUCACUUGACUAUUUCCAAAUUGUAAAAGUCUUCCAACUGAUACAAUUGUGUGAUUUGACAGUCUUCCUAAUUAUGACAGUGUUUCAAUUCAUCAAACUGUGUUGUGAUUUAUCAGUCUUCCAAACAUGUUUCGAAUUAUUAAUUUAUUACUAUUUUAUUUUUUACAAAUUUUUUAUAAGCAUAGUAUUAGCUUAACCAAAAUGGAUGGUUAGCUAAAAAAUGUAUCAUAAUGUAAUUCAAAAUUAGAAAGAGAAAUAGUUUCAAAUUCGCCUAUUAUCAACCAUUUAUGCUUAUAUUAGGCUACGUUUACUAUUUUUAUUUAGUUCUUGUAGUGUAUGCUCUUAUUAAAUUUGUGUCUAGACAAUUUAAAUACCUAUCUCAUUAUGUGAAAAAAAACAAUGGUCACAUGUUUGUUACGUGACAUUGACUGUGAUGUAAAAAUAUGUUUUAUUUCUCAGUUAUUUUAAUUGUUUUCGAACACUACAUUUAUUUUUACCUAAACUUCUAGAUUAAUUACGGUUUUUAGUAAACAUAGACUCAUAAAAAAGGGAAUUAUUAAAAAAAAUCAGAUUUUUUGCAUUUUUAUGUCUAAUACCAAAUAAGAAAAAAAGAACUUGUAACAUUCAAGCUUAUCAUAUUCUAUGCCAAUAGUUAGCUUAUUUUUCAUUUCAGCAUUCCAUAUUAUCAAGUCUAAAAAUUUAAAAAAAAUAUUACAUUAAAAAUAUUUUCGCCUUUAUAAUUAUUCUUUAAAAUGCAUUUAAUAUGAUUGCAUUGAUAGUGACAAAAAGAUUGUCUUAUUGAAAAGUUAAAUAUUUUAGAGUCAAACUCGCUUUUACGUCGAAGUGAUUGCCUCUCGUUUCAGGUAUAUUGAGAUUUUUUGUAUUAUAUUAUAUAUUAAUAUUAUUUUCUUACAUGUACUAAAAUUAAAACUGAAGCAAAGUUACAUUGCAAGAAAUGAAUUUCGCUUGAAAUGUUUUAAUCAAUUUAAAUAAAUCAAUAAUGCAUAAUUUCUUAAUCGUAAAAUUUAUAUAGAGCAAUAAAUAUAGCAGAAAAGGCCUUCAUUGAUUUUAGAACUGAGUUCAAUUUCACAUAGUAUUUUAUUUUUAAAAAAAACAUUAAACUUAAUUUUCUUCUAAAAUCUAUUUUCGUACGCUUAUUUCUACCAUCAGAUUAAAAACCAAAUAUAUUUGGAAACUAUAAAUAUUGUAAAUAAUGUGUAUCUAGUAUA